CUCUGCCCUGAGGGAACAUUCGGUGAUGGUUGUCGCCAUAAAUGUGAAUGUGAUAAAAACGCUGACUGCGAUCCGAUAACUGGAAAAUGCUUCUGCAGAUCAGGGUAUUUUGGUGACGAUUGCAAGCAAGGUUGUGCCCAAGGUCGCUUCGGUCACGAUUGCACAGAACUCUGUGACUGUGCUAAUGGUGCAGUAUGCGACAAGCAAAGUGGCGCUUGCUUAUGUCCACCAGGAUUUAUUGGUACAAAGUGCGACACACCAUGUCCACCUGGGCGAUUUGGGGACAGGUGA